CAUCUCCAUCCAUUGACGCAUCCGCAUCUCACCUAUCCCUCCCCCCGCUCCCGGCACCGAUUCCCGCUAAACCGCAAUCAUGGUUGCUAUGUACACUAUUAUGGGCCGCCAGGUCGGAUCGCACGUCCUUGCCAUGGCCACGCUCGGCGUCACAUUCACGGGUGCAGCGCUCUCCAUGGGCGGCAAGAAGACCGACGACCCGACUACACCUCCCAUCAACGCCAAGAGCAGCGAGGAAGAGAACUUUGUAAAGGAAUACGUCAAAAAGGCCGCGGACAAGGUCCAGGGCAAGCAAUAAACUAUCUAUCGAUCUAGCGACCGACGUCCCUCCGUACCGCACAAGCGCAAGCACAUGGCACGAAUGGAGAAAAAGAAAAACAAGCCCUGAGGGACAUGUGUAUGUGUAUGGGGUAAGAGGAGGAGGAGGAGGUGUUUGACCGGGUGUGGAAUCACCAAUGACACUUUGGUAGCCAUCCGGUAUCCGGACUCUGUAGAAAUUAGACUACAUAUAUGCAUACAGCAC